AUUGGACGUUAUAAUGCAUUCCAAGUUGGUGCUGAUAUAUUUGAGCUCAGACCGAACCAGGAAUUUGUUGCCAAAUAUGGUUCUCGAAACUACUUGGUGCAGGCAAGGGUGGAGGAGGGUUCCUAUUUGUGUGAGUGCUGUAAAAUGGACAAGGACGGCAUCCUCUGUUGCCACAUCCUUAAGGUGUUCACCCAUAUUGGAGUUGAUGUCAUGCCAGAAAGGUACCUGCUAAGACGGUGGACACCUACUGCUGUACCUAGUGCGCCAGGGACUGGUUAUGAGCAACCGGAUGAAAUGCCUCCUCAAUAAAAGAAGCAGAUAAGGGAGAGGAACAUGAUAUACGAUUUUCAGAAACUAGCAAAGUUUGCGAGUGGUUCUGAUCCAGCACAAGCUAUUGUAUACAAGCAUAUGCGCGCAGCACGUACUGAGAUCGGCCACCUGAACAAGUCCAAGAAAAAGAAAAAGUUGACUGCUGCCACGGGGCCAUCAGAUGAUGGCAACCCUCGAGGACCUCCUCCACCUCCAGGCAGCAAUCAGGGGGCUCAUCAUCCAGGUGAUGUCAACCCUCAAGGACCUCCUCCACCUCCUGGCUGUACACGGCAUCCUCCGCCACCUCCUCCCCCGCGUGCUCCUCCCAAUGGCCCUACAGGAAGCACUCAGGGGGCUCAUCGUCCAGGUGAUGCCAACCCUCAAAGACCUCCUCCCCCGCCUGGCCCAACUAGCAGUGCCCUGCGUGCUACUCCCAAUGGACCUACAGGCAGGACUCAGGGGGCUCAUCACCCAGGCGAUUACAAUCCAAGUACCAUGACGGGCCGUGCUACUACAGGUGAUCGUGAUGGUCCUACUGCCCCGUUGGAGGCUGCAUCCCCUGCACAAGCUUCUGAUGAUUUUGUGCCCAGGGAUCCUCCAAGGUCUACUACAAAGGGUAGGGCAAAGAGUCGACGGUACAAAUCGGCGCUGGAGCUACACCCAAAGAAGAAAAACAAAUGCACCCAGUGCCAAUCUACAGAGCACAUUGCUGGUGUGUGUCCACUUAGGCUACUGUGAUUCUGUUUCAUCGUUUGUAACUUUGGGACAAAAAAGGAAAAGAAUGAUGUUUUUUUAGCAAUGUUGGGACCAAGCGGACACAUUCAUCAUCUAUGAUUCCUCUUUAUCUAAUUUAUGCUCCUUGAAUUAGUUCAUGCACUGUGUAAAAAAAGUUGCUAUUUGUGCCUUUGUUGGCAACUGGUUAAAUAUUUAGUUGUUGAACAAUUGUAUGUCCAGUGCUCCUAAUGUAUCAACAAAAGUGAUGAUAUUGAGUUGCAAACGGAAUUA